AUGUCAAGAGCAAAUAGUCCCGCAGCUCCACAAGGAAAUAAUGAAAAUCAACAAGUGGCAGAUAAUUUUGAAGGGCCCAUGAGGAGGCCACGGGAUGAAAAUGUACCGCCGCCUCCUCCUCCUGCUGCUGCUGCUGCUGCUCAGCCUCCACAAAUACGGCAGAGAACUGAAGGGGGGCCCAACUGGACAAUGGAUAGUAAGGUGAGGGAUGUGCUGCUGGAUGAUUAUGCGGGUUUGAGGGAUAUGACAGUGCAUGACUUUUUGCUGAAAAAAUUCUCUAAUACGUAUGACACAGAGAAUGUGGCAAUGGAUGUGUUUGUCCAGAGCCCGGAGGAUUAUAUUUUGGAUGCCGGGAUUCUAGGAAGGAUACGGCGGCUUGAUGAGUUUGAGGAAUAUAAAGAAUUAUAUAACCAAUUCUCUGAAAUGAAGCGGAAAGCAAGGUACCUUGACGAAAAAGAAAUUUACUACCUCAGUCAGUGGGAGGAGAAGGGGACAGUGGAAAUAAGAGAAUUUGUUGGUCCCAUGGCGAGGGGAAGGUUGGAUGGAGCGUUGGCGGCCGCCAAAGAAGCAAGGAAAAGAGCUGCCCAAAAAGCUGAUGGUGUCGAACUGAAAGGAGUAUAUGAAUCCAUAUACAAUGCGACGUGGGGUUAUGUGGAGUCGGGUCACAAUGAUUUACCUCUUGGCAUGAAGGUUGUGGGUAAUUGUGACGGCGAGCCCGAGUUGUGGACAGAAGAGGAGGUGAAUGUCAGUCACACGCCUUAUGACUUGUGCGACCCACUGCCUCGUCACGGUAAUUUGGAGAUUGCUGUGCUCACCUCGCAGAAGGGUUGGCCGUAUAACCGUUUCCGCAUUCCGCGAAGUGUAAUUCAAGAGGGUGCGGAGGAACCAGGAGACUACGUGUUUGACCGGGAUGUGUACAUUCGUCGAGAGGUAAUGAGAGUGUGGUAUCUUGUGAAGCAGAGGCUGGAUUUGUGGUUAGGGCCAGGCGUGAAUAAAAAAAAGAUACCUUGCGUCCUCGUUGGCACUCCAGGUAUUGGGAAAUCAUUUGGUGUUGGCUCGUUUCUGCUCCAAAGGUUGCUGCAUUACGAUUCGGAGCUGUUGCGGAUUAUCGCUUAUUUUGUGAAGGGUAGGGCAUAUAUUUUCUUCAGGGCGACAAAUGAUCAUCCGAGAAAGGUUGUAUUUUAUGAAGAAGAAAAAGAUGGAGUGGAUGCUGUCAAUGACUUGGCUGAUGAAGAAGGUCUUGGUUACAUUAUAUACGACUUUGCGAAAGAGAGAGAUGAACCCAUACCGACAAAAUUGCCGGAAACGUGGCCCGUAAUUGUGUUGACAUCUCCAGAUCCAAAUAACUACAGACGCUGGAAGCGGCCACGGGCUUGCGAGCGCUUUUGCAUCAAUUGCUAUGAAGAGGUGGAACUGAAGGCUGCGGUUGCGUGGAGGCGGCUGUCGAAGUUGGACGAAAGUAAAAUCACCGAAGCUCACAUCAUAAACCUUGAGAAUGAAUGGCAGAAAAUAGAAGGAUGGAUUAAGAAGGUGGGCCCACUGCCCCGCCACGUACUGGAAGGUGACAAACCCUAUUGUGACCAUGUUAGAGAAAUAAAUGAGGCACUGGCAGAAAUCAGUAGAGGCGAUGCUGAACACUACAUGAAGGUGCUGAAUAGUCGAGUUGAAUGGCGCGAGGACGGGACUACAUACAGGUUGGCUAAGUUGGUCCGGGUUGUAACUGAGAAUGGAGAAGAAUGCAGAAACAGAGCUGUUUCCAUUGAUAUUGAGCAGAAAUUGAGAGAGUGGGCGGACACAGCAUGUAUGCGAGACAAUUACCUUCGAAAGGUUUUUCGUGGGAAAAAAGAGCAGGCCGCUGAUGAAUUUGAAAAUGUGGGCAUAUAUGCCUUCACGAUGGGAAAUGUUGUGCAGACGAUUGUGACGCACCUGCGGUAUCUCCCUCGCGUUGGAGAAGAAAUGGAUUCAAAUGUAUCCGCUCUGGCAAGUGGUAAUGCCGUGGGACGUGUUCCAACUUCACUUCGUCAUAUUUACCCGAAACGACAGGCCAAGACAUUGAGGUUGGGUGCCUUUACCGACCUGUACAGGGAAAUUUCCCCGUUGUGGACGCCUUUUUCUUUGUAACUGAGCCAGCUGUUGAUAGAGAAGGAAGAGCGAUCAUUACAAGAACAAUUGUUCUGCUCCAGCCGACAGUGGCACCAACGCAUCACACGACACGAGAGAAGGUAGAUAAGUUUAUCAAGGCAAUGAAACAAUUGUUUGGUGAAUGGGAUAAGCUCGCAAGAAACUUGAAAUGGGAGCUGAUUUACAUACAGUACAGUGACAGCAAGCCAAUCGAGGAGAGGCAGAAGUGCGAACCAGUUGGGGGCAGAGGCGAUUAUACUACAGAGUUGUGGAAUAGAAUCAACCAGUUUCAAGUGAAGAUGGAAGGGAAUAUUGUUAAGGAGAUCACCCAGGAUGAACCAAACGCUAUUGCUGGUGGCCCCGCUGCCUGA